UAUCUUGAUUCUACGUGGUCGGCCCGAGGAGAUCACAUUGUAUGUGUGUGAGCACGAUCAGCUGGCUUGCGAUCAAUGCUUAGGCUAGUCACGAGCCUACAUCUGGGGCAACUCGUGAUGAUAACGAUGAAGAAGCUUGCCAGCGCUUACUGGCAGGGUCAAAUAUAAGUAUCAGAGCUCCGUUUGGAACCCCACAUCUACUACUAUGGCCGCACCAUUGAAAGACGCCAGCAAGCUUGAUAUCUGGAUGAGCACCCUACCGGCUCCUCCCACGUUUUCUGACCCGCUCGAACACCGAGCGUUCCUGAAAUUUCGCCUGGCUCAAGCAUAUCGUAUCUUUGCAAAGUACCGUUUUGAUGAAGGGGUUGCUGGACAUAUUACUGUCCGGGACCCGAUCAGACCAGAUUGUUACUGGGUCAACCCCUGGGGCAUUCACUUCAAGCUCCUGCAGCCUGAGGACCUCCUUCUCGUAGAUCACGGAGGGAAGAUACAGGAAAAUGAAUCUGGACCUUCCCGGUUCCUCAACCAGGCCGCGUACAUGAUCCAUUCAGCGGUUCAUGAAGCUCGCCCAGAUGCUAUCUGCGCUGCGCAUUCGCACACUACGUAUGCUAAGGCAUUCAGCGCUCUUGGGGUGCCUCUUGAUCCUCUUACUCAGGACAGCCUUGCGUUUUAUGAGGAUCAUAGUCUGUAUAGCGAAUUUCGUGGCGUCGUCGAUGACCGCGAGGAAGGUCUGGCUAUAGCCAAUGCUCUGGGUUCAAACAAGGCUGUCAUCCUCCAGAACCACGGGAUCCUCGUUGCCACCAAGUCAAUUGAAUCUACCGUUUUCUAUUUCAUCUCUUUGGAAAAGUGCUGCAAGGUCCAAAUGGUAGUGGACCAGGCCGCCGCGGCGCGUGGACUGAAACCGCGGCUUAUUGAUCCAGUUGAAGCAGCCAACACAUGGGAACGCCUUGGAUCUGAGGCGGCGGGCUGGUUUAAUGGAUUUGUCGAGUUUCAGCUCUUGGAGCACGAAGAAGGAAAGAAAUUCGAGUAUGUUCCUGCACCCUAGUAGACCGUUGUUUAGCUCACCUGUAACAUUACCAAUAUGGAGUCCUGAAGCGUGCAGCAAUAUAUCUGCCAAUAUUUGAUUCACUGAAACCUAGCAUAGGUGUUCACAGGGAGCAAAAUCUGACGCUCCAGCCUACCUUGCUUAGAACAGGUGCAAGGAAAGAUGUCGUAGCUCUUACCUCUACUCGGCUAAGUACAUUUGGUCAGCGAGUGUUUGCGCUCUGUCCAAGAAUCCAGUUAGGUUGAAGGUAUAUAUGCAGUCAUGCAGUCGAAGACUUUAUCUGAUCUCGUAGCAGUGAGAAUGUCCGAUAUUGAAUAUUGAGGACUCGUGCCAGAUACUCAACGAACGUGAGCCCUGGAGCCGAGUCUUGUCAGUUGGAUCAAGUUCCGCGCGGUGUUUAUGUAGAGGAAAGAAGCAUUGAGCUUACAAUAUUAUCGACUAAUAUCUGAGUCUCGCCGGUUUACCGGUGACUUCGUGUUG